AUGAACAUCCUCUUCCUCUGCACUGCUCACAACUCCCUCUCACAACGCCUGUACUUGGCAUUGUCCAAGACUCACACAAUCACAAUCGAGUAUGCCUUGUCAGAUGCCGCAAUGAUUGAGGCGGCCAAACUGGCCAAGCCCAACCUCAUCAUCUGCCCUUUCCUCACAGCUCGAGUCCCCCGGGAAGUAUACGACAACUACCUCACACUCAUCAUCCACCCCGGACCCCCAGGUGAUGCCGGCCCGAGUGCCCUGGACUGGGUGCUCAUGGGUGAUGACGGUUCGGUAGAGGACGCUGAGACUCUGGUUCAAACCAACGCAUGGAGUGAGUUCGGCAGGCCUUAUUGGGGUGUGACCGUCCUGCAGGCCGUCGAGGAAUUCGAUGCCGGGCCAGUAUGGGCUUUUGAGCAAUUUCCCCUGCAAAUCGAUUCGCCCAACAUCACCAAGUCGAGUCUCUACCGUGGACCGGUCACGCGGGCCGCCCUCACAGCCACCCUCGCCGCCAUCGAGAGGAUCCAGACAGCCUCCGUCCAGGCCGCAUCUCCCUACACUCCUCCUCCCUCGCCGGGCAAAGACCAAUUCUCCCCACAGCUUGUCAACCCGAUGCUUCAAGCUAGCCCCGCCUACCGCGACGCCUCGGUGACACUGCAGAAAGCCUUCCUCGGCGGCGUCACACGUCAUCGGCCCCUCCUCAAGGCUGCGCAGCGAGAUUUCGAUAUCCAGUCGCACACGGCUCGGGAGAUAUCGCGAAGGAUUCGGUCAUCGGACUCCCAGCCCGGCUGUCUGACCAAGCUGUUCGGUCCCAGCCUUUACGUAUACGGGGGCACCAUCGAGGAGGGCGAGGACCUCACAGCCCAAGCACGACCUGGAGAGAUCAUCGCCUGCCGCGACGACGCCGUCUGUGUUGCUACCUGCGACGAGAAGGGCAUCUGGAUCUCGCAUGUUCGCCGCAUCAAAAAGAAGACGGACUCGAUGCUCUGGCCCAAGGUGCCUGCCGUCUCCGGCCUCAACGACCUCGGCGUUCUCGACUUUGAACUUUUCAUGGAAAACCGCGUCUCUCGGGCGACCAUCGACUGGUCCCAGUCCCCACACAGCACCAAGCAGGAUAUCUGGGUUGAGUUUCAGACCUUCUCCGGCGCCAGGAGGGUAGCAUUCCUCUACUUUGACUUUUACAACGGCGCCAUGAGCACAGAGCAGUGCUCCCGCCUGAUUGACGCCCUGGACUUCAUCGCAUCCAGCCAUGUCGUGGAACGACCCCUCAGCGCUGUCGUGCUCAUGGGCGGCGACUCGUACUUCAGCAACGGAAUCGCCCUGAAUGUUAUCGAGGCCGCAGCGGACCCCUCCCUCGAGUCCUGGCUGAAUAUCAACCGUAUCGAUGACGUGGUCCACUACCUUCUGCACGAGUUCCCAUCGCGAAACAUCCUCACGGUCGCCGGCAUCCGAGGCAACUGCGCGGCCGGUGGUGUUGCCCUGGCCGCCGCAUGCGACGUCGUUAUCGCCGGCAAUGAUGUUGUGCUCAACCCUGCUUACCGCGCCAUUGGCCUGCACGGUUCCGAAUACCACUCCCUGUCAUACACCGGACGAUGUGGCUCGGCGGGCGCCACCAACCUGCUGCGCGACAUGACACCGCUGUCGCCGGCUGACGCGCGGGAGAUGGGCCUCAUCGACCACACGCUUCCGGGCACCGGCGCCCUGCUGGACACACGUAUUCGAAAACACGUCAAGUCGCUCGUCGUCGUCCACGCCGCCGCCGGCAACAAGCGGAUCCCGGUGCCAUGGAAGACCGCCGUCGACGUGUCCCCGGCCGGUCUGGCCUGCGCCCGCGCCCAGGAGCUCGGCGAGAUGUCCAAGGACUUUUGGAGCGCGAGGUCGCAGCGCUAUCAUCUCCGCCGCCGCGACUUCGUCCGCAAGGUCAGGGCCACCAAGACGCCCCUGCGUUUCGCGACGCAUCGCCGUGGCAUGGGUGAGAUGGAUGAGGAAGAGGCGGACGAGUUCGACGACGUCGUCAUCUUUGAACGCAAGGCCCGGGCGACUCUUCUCGCUGAUAAGCUGAAGGAGUACGUCGAGAACAUGACGUCGGCGUCUUCUCGCAAGGACACGACAUCGCAGGCUAAUACCGCGAUGCAUUCGAGAGCGGCGAGCGAGAGCGUCAGCAAACGGGACUUGAGGCCCGUCUUUUCGUGUUACUACGACGUCACAGCAUGA